AUUAUUAUCGACUGGAGAGCGGCCGGGACGCACGCUCUUAGGAAAAAUCAUACAUGAAAGAAGAAAAGAAGGCAAGAUGAAAGUAGCAUGCAUCAUCUUUCUCCUUCUCGCCUUAGCUAUUGUUACUCAAAGCCGGAGGCAACGACGGCACUAUUGGUCCAAAAGCCGAUGCCUGGAGAAGACUUUAGAAGAGAGAGAGGAGUAUGCCGACGUUGUUCUCGCCGCCACUGUCCGAAGAGUCCGUCGGAUUGAACGCCACCUCGUGGCCACUGUUGUAAUUAAGGGCAUCUUUAAGGGAAGUCAUUACCUAAACAAUGUUCAUGAUCGAAGAAAAAAGAUUUACAAGACGGGAGAAGGAAGGUACAUAAGGAUAAAGGGGCUCGGCAAUCCAAAGAUUUGCGACAACAUGGUUUAUCCACGCGAUACUAGGAUCUUUUUGUUGAAAUAUGAAAAGAAUGGAGAUUUAUUUCUUAACUCAAGUUUGGUAAGAAUAACAUUAAAUAACAUGGAAAGAACCGACGCCGCUGUCUCAAGUGAGUAUAAACUUCAAUAA